AUGGAUUUUACACCCCAAAAGAGCGCUUUAGGCUGCCUUGAGCAGCCCGAAGUAGGAAAACCGCCAGUCAUUCUAAGCAUCCAUGAGACAGCUUCGAUAACCAGCUCAGAUAGUUCCGAAUCGGGUGCUAAGGAGUUUCACUCUUCAGGCGACUCUCUUCCGCGACGACCCGUCGAACAUGAUGUCUAUCAGUCGCCAACAACUACCACCUGGACAAAGCUUUCUGAGACUGUCAGACUUAUAUACACACGUGGCAAGGUUUCACUGCAACAGCGCGAGCAUGAGCAGCAGCCCAUCUCUGCGAUAGGGAGGUUCAAUCACUGCUACGUCUACCCGCUGGACAACCGGAGCGGAAAGAACGAGCGCAUAUUGCUGGGGCGUUGGGCUCCAAAGAUGGAAGUUCAAGAUGGCCACGGUACAAGGCAGAUUGUUAUUCAAGCGGCAUCGCACAACUAUGCUGGUUUCUACCACCUCACAAAAGAGGCUGAAGAGUUGCAGCACCUAGCGCUUGAGAAGUUACCCGUGGCCGACUCAAGUGCAGUACGAUCCCUGGAAUCGGCUAUGCACGACGGCAUUGCCGGAUUCUUCUCAGCCAACUUUUGUUGUACUACCAGUACAGGGUACGGUUCCAAUCUACUGGCUUUCUCGGCGAUCCUGAAUGGUGACUGGCUUGUCAUGUUUGACGACAAGUGCCACAACUCGAUGCACGUCGCCGCAUACCUCAGUCAUGCCGGACUCGUCAAGAAAUUCCCACAUGCCGAUCUGGAAAGAAUGGAAGAAAUGCUUGCCGAAUACAAAGGCAGAUUUACGAAUGUACUGGUUGCAGUUGAGGGCUUCUACAGCAUGGACGGCACGGUCCCGGCUCUCGACAAGCUCACGCGCCUCAAGCAAAAGUAUGACUUCACGCUGCUCGCAGAUGAAGCUCAUUCCUUGAUGUGCCUCGGCCGUUCUGGUCGGGGUUGUAUCGAGGUUUGGAAUGAACAGCACCCUGACAAACUCGUCCCAAGCGACCUCUUCGAUCUGCGCACUGCAACAUUGUCCAAGUCAGUAGGCGCAAUUGGUGGCAUUGUGUGUGGGAAAUCUCGAUUUGCCUCUGCAGUUCUGAGGCGUCGUGAGGAGAUGCUUGUUGCCGGAGUGGAUCCUAUUCCGACCUCAUCUAUCAUUCAGACUCUGAAUGUCUUGGGUCAGCCAACCUUGCUGCGGCGUCAUCUUCGGAGGUUGGCGGUAAUGACUACCUUCGUCCGCGAAGAACUGCGCCGAGCAGGUAUCCAUGUCUACGGUAAUGCAAUCUCCCCCAUUCUACCAGUUUACGCAGGCCGGCCCAGUAUGGCAGCAAAAAUGUCUUAUGCACUUAGGAAGGUCGGACUGCUCGCAACGCCUGUAUCAACUCCCGCAGUUCCAUUUUGGGAGUCCCGCGUCCGCAUUUGUCUUUCAGCAGAUCACGACAACGACACGGUAAAUGGACUUAUCGUGGCAAUCUUUACGGCUACUCGAAGUAUUGGGCUAGUAAGGAACACCAAAUUUGAGCCCCGAUUGUUCAACUACCUUGAAGAGGCACCUUCGAAGCAGGAAAAAGCGGAGGCACUACAAACGGCCGACUAUAUUCAACGACUCAUUGACCAAGAUGUGCUGAGCACAGACACAAUCCACCGUGAAGCUAUGCUGGAUACUGGUCAUGCAGUGCGUAGCAAAUUUGGGCUCGGCUCUGGAGGUGCGCGCUGGAUCACAGGCACGUCAGAACUGCAUAUCCAAGCCGAGAAGCUCGUUGCAAGACUCACGGUUACUUCCCAGGCUCUUACUUACCCCGACUCAUUCGUCGGUCUCAUGUCGACCGUUGCAGCUCUCUGUCGUCCGGUAUUGGGUUUCAAGAAGCACGUCUUUCUGGUCCCGGAGUCAGCACCCCAGGCAGCCUGGGCAGGGUUUCGCGUCGCAUCCAAAAAGGGAGCUCCCAAAGUCCAACAGUACGGUAACGGCAUCAACUCGCUACUCGACCAAGUGCGCUCGUGUGGCCGAACGACCUAUGUCACCCUUUUAGUCGAUUCCGCAUUCAAGGGUCAGCGUGACGGGUUGGUAGAGCAGUGCAAUCUGAUAGAGAUGAUUCAGAAAAUACGCGGCCGGUCCGGCAUGACGGUCCUCUUGUACGAUAGCGCCGGGGUUGGAAGUCUAUGGUCGGGCACCAAACCACGAAGUUUGUCCGCAAGUGCUGUUUCGGCCAUGAUACCUAAGCUGCGAGACCAUCACUUCCUUAUCUACGGCUCCUUCUACACAGCGUUUGGCCUGCCGGGCGCAUACCUCGCGGGCUCCCCGGUUCUGCUAAAAGAGUUGAGAUACACGAGUCGCGGAUACAUGUUCACGACGUCGCAGCAGCCGUUCAUCAUGGGCAUGGUUGCUGCGGAGCUGCAGCGGAUGAUGAUGGAGGGGGGGGAGUGA